AUCCUUCUUGUCGUAAAAGUUGGAACUCAUUUGCGGUACACUUAUACCUACCGGCGAGCGAUUUUAAUUUCAAAUUUAGAAUUAUGAAUGAAAGUGUUUAACAAAUUGAAUCAUGUUCAAAACUAAAAGAGAUGUCGAUAGACAUGUGUCCCAUAUUCUCUCCAAGAUUCGAGAAGAGAAAGAGAGAAACUCUAGAGGUUACCAGUUUGCCAAAUUGUACUAUGAUGUUGCUGAAUAUGAAUCUGGGAAAAGGUAUCUACAAGCCUUCCUUAGUGUUCGAGAGACCGUCCCACAGGCUCACAAGCUGAUGGGCCAGAUUUACGAGGCCCAGAAAGUGAAAGACAAGGCUUUGGAAUCUUUCAAAAGGUCUUUAGAUUUAGAUCCAGAACAAAAAGAUGUUAUCCUUAAAGUUUGUGAAUUGUACAGUGAAGUUGACGUUAAAGUGAGCAAUGACAUUGCAAAGGUGUGGAUUGACAGAGCGGAAAAAUAUUUUCCAAAUCAUCAUGUAGUGUUCAAGUUGAAGGAGAAAAUAGUCGACCAAGAUGGCGGAACCAAUAAUGAUGAGUUAGAACAUCUUAUAAACCAAGAACUUGUGAAGAAUCCAAGCGAUGUUAAACUACAAAUUAAACUCCUGAAACUGUUCAUAAGAAAUCGGGAUGUUGAUAGAGCAUACGAAUAUGCCAUUGCCACCGAGAAAACACGGACGUUUGCUCCGUCAGUAGAUUGGUAUGAAUGUCUAGCAGAUGUGUAUCAGGUGUAUCAAGACCAACAGGGAGGGGGAGACGAAGGUAAAUUGUAUGUACAUAAACUGGUUGCCAUGGCAUCGCUAACAUUCCUGAGGCUGAAAUCUGAGAACAGAGACGUAACUUCAGCUGUCAAAGCAUUACUCUGUUUAGAUGAGGAUCUUCAGAAAGCGUCUUCCUUACGACGUCACAGCUCGGAAUGGGACGGCUAUCUCACUGAGAUGAAAGGACAGUUAUUCUAUCUCAUGGGAUUGUUACUAUUGAAAAGGGCUUUGAAGGGCCAGGUACCAUGGAAAGAUUGUAAUUCUUUGGCUGUCAUCUGUUUCAUGAUCAGUAAUUCCUUACCAGCUAUAGACCUUAAGUCAAGUUGGUACUGUCAAGCCAAACAAGACUGGAAGAAAUUUUACGACAGGAUCUAUAUGGAGGGCUGUGACAGACUGAGUCAAGGAGGUCAUAUGAUAUACGCUUUUCAUAGAAAACAAGAUGGCAGUCAGUUUUCAAAGAAGUUACGACAGUUAUGUACACCUCAAGGUAAAACCAGCUUGUAUGGACUGGUGUUUACCGGAGCAGAUCGGACAAAAAAGACAGAAGACUCGUACUUUCUCCAGAGUGACUUGUUCACUAAAACACAGCUGGAUACACCCAGUAGAAACAUAUUGCUGCAGUAUGAUGGAGUGGGAUAUAGACUACAUAGUGAUGACUUGAAUCACAUAGUGUGGUUAGCAUUACAGUAUUACUCUGUUAAAGACGAUGUACAACAGGACUAUGAGCAGUUGUUUGGUUACCAGCUGUUUAAGGACAUGAAAUACAGCAUGCUAGACUUGUCUAGUGGUGAUCCGGGAACCAUGUGUCAACUAGAUAUACAGGUUUUCCUAUACCUAUGUGUUAGAUGGGCAGCUCUACAGAACAAGGACAGGAAGCGUAACCUCCAUACCAUAACAGACAAGCCGGACCUCAUGCCAGCAUGCCUGAGUCCUCCAUCCUGUAAUAAACAGCAAUGUGACUGGUGGUUAGCUGUCAACAGCAUGGAGAGAAAGACGGCCAAUGAGAAGAUAUCAAAGCUAUGGGGAGUGGUGAUGAGAGGGUUGGAGACUGUAAGACUAGUAGUACCAAAUGCACUCCCAUUGACUCUUGUUGUGCAUGUAGCAAAAACUUUGGAUGCAAGGGCACGUGAAAUAGAAUCCCAUGAUGCGGAGGGAAUAGUAACACCCAAACUCUCGGGUAUGUUAGGGAGGGCAAAUUUUUACUGGAUGGCGGCUUCAGAUAUGUUGGAUAGAAAAGAUAGGCAAGUUGAUAUGAAUAUUAGUAUCAGAAAGCCCAAAGAGUUGUUUUUCCCUGGAGAUGAUAUCAUUGACCCUGCAGUAGUGAAGGACAUUAGAGAACAGGUGAAAUUUGCCGUGGCAACCAUCGCUAUGAAGGAGGGCAACUAUAAGGAGGCAUUAAGUGCCUUUGAGAGUCUGUAUAAAGCUGAGGCAUCAUACAGGAUAGGCUUGAUUUAUCGUACGUUAGCAGAAGAUCAGGAUUCAAAUCAGAACUCGUCCGGUAACAAUCAAAGUCAGCAGAUGAUAAUGUUGUCCAAGUCCAAGACGGCUCUCUAUCAGGCUCUUGAUAGACUAGAGACGGAACAAAAUGAGGAGCUAAAGGAUGCUGUAAGGAGAGAUUUAGAUGACGUGGUAUGUAAAGUGAUCUCGCUAGAGUCUGGAGGCAGUAUGGUAGACAGUAUUUUGUCUACCAGUCAGCAGUAUGAUACAGCCGAGUCUGGGACAGACACUGAUGAUGAAGAACCAGUCAAACAUCCGAGUCCUAGAACCCCUGUACUACCUCUACCCUCACAUUCUCGUGACCGAACGAAUAUCAGCCCUACAAAGAUUGAAGUGCAGUUGAAGGCGUUAGAUAUGGUAAACUCGGCUCUGUCGUCCAGAUUGGCUGCACUAGAGGAGACGGUGAAAACAAACACAAACAAUAUUUUCACUCAGUUACAUCAGCUCAGGGAAGAAAACAAGAGCUUGAGAGAUCAGUUACAGAUUUUUUCUCUACAAGGGUUGUCUUGCAUGUCAAUGAUCCGUCCACCAGGCACACCACAACAACAACCACGUAUGAAUCCAGUCAACAUGUCAUUUGGAGGGGCAUCAGUGUAUGACUUUCCAGGCCAGAAUGGACUGCCCCCUCACAUGGCACAAUAUGGAUACUCCGCAGCAAGUCCACGUCCAGGCUCAGCAUAUGGUCAGCCAACGUACGAUGAUGGAUUUAGCCAUGUUGACGGAGAAUUCUACGAUCCUGACAAUGAAAGUGAAUUCUUCAAUGCAGAUCAGAAUCUUAUUCAGGAAUGGCCAUUCGGACAUAAAGCUGGUGUGGAAGGUAAAUCAACUAUUACUUAUUCACCUCAGCAACAGCAGCAACAACAACAACAGCAACAGGUUCGAGCUUUGAAUCCUACAAGUGCCGGAAUGUUUGUUAAUGCUCUGAGAGGUCAGUCUAUACAAUAUGGUACGGGAUACCCUGCACUUGUUCCCCAGCAGCAACCUUCACAAUUACCCGGACCUGGCUACUUCGCACAAAACAGCCCGCAAGUUCAGCCAUCAACCCUUCCUAUGCAGCCUGGUAUGAUGCAGGGGCAAUUUGGAAUGGCAGUGAAACCUGGAACAGUACCUGCAGUGUCACCAGCCAUGCAACCAGCCAUUUCUCCAGCUAUGCAACCCAAACCAACUCCAGCACAGAUGACACCUAAUAAACCUGCCACCACAAUGAUGCCUCCUAAUGCAGUAAUUCCUAGCCAAACAUCAGAAGCAAAGCCUUUACUUAUCCCAGGAUCUGUUGGAAUCCCAGCUGCCACAACAAGUGUUACUGGAAGUGUUAAGCCUGGAGGUACCCCCAUUGCUGCAGCACAGGGUCAAGUUCAGCCUGGUUCUGCAUCUUCAAUUUUGAGCAACCUUGCUGCUAAACACCAAGAGGGAACCAGUCCAGCUCCAACAGCUACAACUCCACAGAAAACUGUAUUCAAAGGGUUUUCCUUCACAUCUACUCCAAAAAUAACUGAACCAAAGACAGAUGAUAAGGUUAAAGAUCAGAAUACUCCAACAACAAGUGCUUCCUCGGGUCCAAAGCCGUUUAUGGGAUUUUCACUGACACCAUCAAAGCCAACAGUUGCACCUGCUAAAACAACAGCAAGUGAUGCCACCCAGUCCACAGCAGGAAGUCAGGGUUCUUCAGCACCUUUCACGUUUGGACAGAAUAACUCUCCAUCAUUUGGAAGCUUGGCAGCUCAAAGUGCAACAAUUCCUGCUUUCCAAGGCUCCGGUGAUCAGAAAGGAUUUGCAGGUGCUGGUAUGCCAGUGUUUGGCAAAACUCCACCUAGACGCCACAACAUUUCAACAGGGUCAGAUGACCAUAUUGAAGAAUAUGAGCCAAAUGUAGACUUUAAACCAGUAAUUCAGUUACCAGAUCUAGUUGAAACAAAGACAGGUGAAGAAGAGGAAGAAAAAAUGUUCUGUGAGCGUGCAAAAUUAUUCCGGUUUGACCCGGAUGCAAAACAGUGGAAAGAGCGAGGAGUAGGUGACAUUAAGAUUUUACGACAUCGUGAAACAAAGAAUGUCAGAAUUUUGAUGAGACGUGAACAGGUAUUGAAGUUAUGUGCCAAUCAUAAAUUGACAGCAAAUAUGAAACUUGCUCCAAUGACUUCAUCUGAUAGAGCUUGGGUUUGGAAUGCAACAGAUUUUGCUGAAGGUGAGAUGAAACUUGAGAAAUUUGCUGUGAAGUUUAAAUCUGUGGAUAUUGCUGACAAGUUUAAAAAAGUAUAUGAGAAAUGCCAAGCUGAAUUGCCUGAAGCUCAAAAUGAAGAUUCAACUAAUGCACCAUCUGGUAAAACAGGAACCAAGGAGGAAAAAUCCGGAGAGGGUAAAGGUGAUUUGGCUGCCAUGUUUAAGCCAAAAGCUGGUUCUUGGACUUGCGAUGGCUGCUAUGUUAACAAUGGUGGAGAGAUACUGAAAUGUCCAUGCUGUGGAACACUUAAGCCAGGUGUAAAGCCAGAAGAUGUAAAGACAGAAUCUUCUAGUUUUGGUGGAUUUAAAGGAUUUGGUAGUGGAGGGGCAGGAGUGAGUGUACAACCUGGAGGUGGAUUCAAGUUUGGAAGUCAAGCAGCUGAUUCAAGCAGCAAAGCUUCUGCUGAAUCUGGAUUUAAGUUUGGAUCAGGAGCACAGCCAGAAAAUAGCAAACCAGCAUCUAGUUCUGGAUUUCAGUUUGGUAGUCAAUCUAUUGGUGGAGGUAGCAAACCCAGUACAGAAUCUGAAUUUAAGUUUGGUUCUCAACCAUCUUCUACAAGUAGUACAGUAAAGACUGCAGCUUCUAGUGUUAAAGAAGAGCAGCAAUCUGAUAAGCCAAAGUCCACAGAGGGUAAAGGUGAUCUGGCUGCCAUGUUUAAGCCAAAAGCUGGUUCUUGGACUUGCGAUGGCUGCUAUGUUAACAAUGGUGGAGAGAUACUGAAAUGUCCAUGCUGUGGAACACUUAAGCCAGGUGUAAAGCCAGAGGAUGUAAAGACAGAAUCUUCUAGUUUUGGUGGAUUUAAAGGAUUUGGUAGUGGAGGGGCAGGAGUGAGUGUACAACCUGGAGGUGGAUUCAAGUUUGGAAGUCAAGCAGCUGAUUCAAGCAGCAAAGCUACUGCUGAAUCUGGGUUUAAGUUUGGAUCAGGAGCACAGCCAGAAGACAGUAAACCAGAAACUGAAUCUGGGUUUAAGUUUGGAACCCCAACCACAGCCAGUACAGAGAGCAAACCAUCAUCAGGCUUCUCUUUUGGCACACCCUCAGCAGGAUCCACACAACAGAAAGGUAUUUUUGGAACAAAUUCAGUAGUUACAACAAGCUCAGCAUCUACAGGUGGAUUUACAUUUGGUACUGGUUCCACUAGUCAGUCAACAACAAGCAGUGUCUUUGGAACUCCAACUUCCACCAGCAGUCUAUUUGGAACCCCAACUUCUGGAACAUCAGCUAACACAAGUAGUAUUUUUGGAACCCCAUCUUCCACAAGUGGCAUCUUUGGGAUACCAUCAACCACAAGUAGCAGUAUAUUUGGUGGGGCAGCAAGCUCUUCUGCUGCCGCAAGCACAAUUUUUGGCAAACAAGAUUCUUCAGCAGUUAGUAGCACCAUAUUUGGCAGUAAACAAUCUACAAGUGCUGGUAAAAGUUUUGUAUUUGGAGAAGCAACUUCAGAGACACCAGAUUCCACAACUCCUGAUGUACAGGCAAACACAACAGGAGGUACAGAUCAGCCGAGAGGUGCUGGAGAAAGUCUUCUUGCAAAGUUUUUAGCCAGCCCUGAUAGUUGGACAUGUAAUGGUUGCUAUGUUAACAAUGAAGGUCUAGUUGAGAAAUGUCCAUGCUGUGGUACAGCUCGUCCGGAGAAUAAAGCUCCUAGUUUUACUGGUUCCUCAUUGGCUACUUCUCUAACUGGGGGAAAGGCAGGUACCAAAGAAACAGAUGUCAAAUCUGUAGUUAGUGAAGGCCCAACUGGUUUUAUGUUUGGAACAGCUGCUGGAAAGAAACCAGAAGAAAUAAAGUCCUCAGCAACAGAUGAAGGAUUUAAGUUCACCUUUGCACCAACUGCAGAAGAAAAUAAACCUCAGCCAACUGCUUCCCUCGGUUCUGGCUUUAACUUCUCUAUGAGUAUGACACCUCUGAAAAAAAGUCCUCUUAAAGCUCCGCCAAAUGUUGCUGGAGUAAAAUCACCGAAAUCUCCAGAAAUUUCCGAAGAAGGUUUUUAUGUAAACAAAGAAGGUGAUGAUUCACAUAUCCACUUUGAACCGGUUAUAGAGCUGCCUGAUCAUGUUGAUGUGAAAACUGGAGAGGAAGAUGAAGAAAUCAUAUUCUCCCAUCGAUCCAAAUUGUUCCGUUUCACUAACAGUGAAUGGAAGGAGAGGGGAAUUGGAGAUAUUAAAGUUUUAUACCAAUCUGAAAAUAACAAAGCCCGUAUUGUCAUGAGAAGAGAACAAAUUCUGAAGUUAUGUUGUAAUCAUUACAUUUACCCCGAUCUGAAAUUAACUCCAAUGCCAAAUAGCAAAGGUUGUGCCCUGGUAUGGUCUGCUAUGGACUUUGCUGAGGGUGAACCUAAACCGGAGCAAUUUUCUAUCAAAUUUAAAACUGAAGAUAUUGCGAAGAAGUUCGAAAAUGCUGUGACUGAAGCUAAAGGUAGAAUUAGUGGUACUAGGCCAAAAGUGAAACAAGACACUAAAUCACUGCCUGUUGUAGAAACUAUUGGUGCGGUUAGCGGGGUGCAGGAAACUGAAACUUCUGGUGGCGACUCUGAAGAUGAUGUUAUAAUCACAGGUGUCGAGGAAGCAACUGAAGAAGAAAUAAAGAAGGCUCGAGAAUUAAUGUUACCAGACCAUUUCUUUCUGUAUACAAGGAGACCACCAUGUCCUGGCUGCCGUGGAUGCAACGAUGAGUUUCCAAAUUAUGAAGCGGCAAGAGGAGAUGCUAGUCAGAGUUAUUCUCGUGGUCAGGUGCAUGAACAGGAAGAAAAUUAUGAUGAUGACGACGAUGAUGAUGAUUACGAAGAUGAUGACGACGACGAGGAUGAUGACGAUGAUUAUGAUGAUGAUGAAGAUGGAGACACAAAUGCUGAAGAGAAACCAUCAGAAAAGUUUGUAUUUGGAGGCGGGUCUAAUCAGUUCUCAUUUGCAGCUCUAGCAGCAGGAGGUGGAGCUAGUUCAUUUACUAAUAAUCCAAGUAAACCAUUCCACUGGCAAGAUGCUGGAAGACAGCUGUUUGGUGGAGGAGGCGGAGCAACUGAAGGCGGGAGUGGUGAUGAGGGGGAGGUCCAGCAAGGGGAGGAGCAACACUUUGAGCCAGUAGUACCACUUCCUGAACUUGUAGAUGUUAAAACUGGGGAAGAAGAUGAUGUUGUAGAGUUUUCACAGCGAGCGAAACUCUUCCGGUUCGAUAAAGAUGCGGGACAGUGGAAGGAAAAAGGCAUCGGAGAAAUGAAAAUUCUGAAACAUAAACCAAAUGGAAAGUACCGAUUUCUGUUACGGAGAGAGCAGGUGCAUAAGUUAGCUUGUAACCAUUUACUAACCCCAGAUAUCACAGUCACACCAAUGAAUACAUCAGAGACCGCAUGGUGCUGGACAGCUCAAGAUUAUUCUGAAGGGGAGUGUAGGGUUGAACAGUUGGCUGUCAAGUUUAAGAAUGUUGAGUUGGCGAAGAAUUUCAAACAGAAGGUUGACGAAGUACAAGCUAUUCAACAAAAUCAACAAUUAAAGAGCUCCAAAAAGUGUAGAACAUUUAUUUAUUUGUGACAUUUACAGACUAUCUACAAAUUUAAAUGACUUGUAGACAUGCCAGCACCAGUAAACUUACUGUAAUGGUAAGAAUGUGUUCACCCUAGUAAAACCUGUCUGAUGUAAUCAAUCAUUUCUUGCCAUGAAUUGGACAGUUUAUUUUAUAGUGCUCAAUCUUAUAAACACUGUAACAAUAUAUUUAAUGUACGAAAAUUUGGUGACAUUCAAUCAGUGUGACAUCAUCAACUAUUUGUGACAUAUACAAUCAGUGUGGUAUCAUAAACUGUUUGUGACAUUCAAUCAGUGUGGCAUCAUAAAUUGUGACAUUCAAUCUGAAUCAGUGUGACAUCAUCAGCUGUUUGUGACAU